AUGUCGAAGGAAGAGUGCGGUCGAGAGCAGACAGCAAACGGCAUUAACGGCCAAAGUCCCAGUACCUAUCCCUAUGUCGACGCAAUAGUUAUUGGCGCAGGAUUUGGUGGCCUUCGCAUGCUCUACGAAUUACGCAAGCAAGGUCUCACCGGGAGGGUUUUCGAGGCCGGGUCCGGCGUUGGCGGGACUUGGUACUGGAACCGCUACCCUGGCGCUAGAACCGACAGCGAAAGCUGGAUCUAUAUCUUUACAUUCUUGGAAGAAAUUGGCCUGGAAUGGGCUUGGAAGGAGCGCUUCCCUCGUCAACUUGAGGUGGAGGAGUAUAUUAAUAAGUUGGCCGACCAUCUAGACCUUCGCAAGGAUAUUCAACUGAAUACACGCAUCACCUCGGCUCAUCGGGAUGACAAUACUAAUUCGUGGACAGUCACAACAGCGAUGGGUGAGAAAUUCAACAGCAGGUACCUAAUUACAGCAACGGGACCCCUAUCUACACCUCUGAGGCCUCCAUACCCUGGACUGGACUCAUUUAAAGGCGACUAUUACAUGACUGGACUAUGGCCCAAAGAAAAGGUUGACUUUACUGGGAAACGUGUUGGUAUUGUUGGUACUGGAGCUACAGCUGUGCAAAUACUCCCUAUCAUUGCGUAUGGCGCCAAGAGUGUUACAAUGUUCCAGAGAACUGCCAACUAUGUCCUCCCAGGCCGGAACCACCCCUUAGGGCAGGAACAGAUGGAAGACCUCAAGCGGGAUUCUGAGAAUGUCUUCAAGCGAGCAAGGGCUCAAAUUUACGGAAUGGAUAUUCCUGACAGUCCAGUCAAGUACACUGACAUGAAGACUGACAAGGAAAUCCAACGUAUUUUGGAGAGUGGUUGGGAAAAGGGUGCAUUCCGAUACAUCUUUGAGACCUUUGCAGAUAUGCUCACUAACGAUGAGAGUAACGCCACAGCCUCCGAAUUUGUCCGUAACAAGAUACGAGCGAUUGUGAAUGAUCCAGAAACAGCCGAGCUACUUUGCCCAACCCAUCCAAUCGUCUCAAGAAGGCCGCCGGUGGGACAUCACUACUAUGAAGCAUACAAUCGUGAGAAUGUUCAUCUGGUCGACAUCAAAACGAAUCCGAUCAGAGACGUAACUCCAGCCGGUCUUAGGACAGACAAAGAGGAGUAUGAGUUUGACAUAAUUAUCUUCGCUAUAGGUGAACGAUCUUGUCUCUGCACAUCCUGCUUCGAUGCUAAUGGAGAAUAG